CCACCACAAACUGCAGGGAAUGGCCACAACCAAAGCUAAGCCGAGAAAGAAGUUGCGGAUCCUGCUCAUGCCCUUCUUCGCCACCAGCCACAUCGGCCCCUUCACGGACCUCGCAUUCCACCUCGUCGUGGCCAGGCCUCACGACGUCGAGGCCACCAUUGCAGUCACUCCGGCAAAUCAAUCGGUCGUACAGUCAUCUCUCGAGCGGCGUGGUGGCACCAGUCAGGCCACGAUCAAGGUGGCCACGUACCCAUUCCCGUUCGUGGAUGGCCUUCCACCGGGUGUGGAGAACCAAUCCACAGUCAAGGUUGCCGACACCUGGCGCAUCGAUUCCGUCGCCAUGGACGAGAAGAUGAUGCGGCCAGGGCAGGAGAGUCUCAUUAGGGAGCGCUCGCCAGACCUCGUCAUCACCGACGUACACUUCUGGUGGAACGUUGAUGUCGCUACCGACAUCGGCGUGCCAUGCAUGAUGUUCCAUGUCAUAGGGACCUUCCCAACGUUGGCCAUGUUUGAUUUAUCGCAUGCUGCUCGUGCGAUCGAUGCCGCCGAUGGCAAGUUGGUGACUCUUCCCGAGUUUCUAGCGCCAGAAAUUCAGGUCCCAACCACAGAGCUACCUGAGAUGCUAGGGAGACAACAAAUAACCGAUGACUGUGCUAUAGAGAACCGGAUGGACUCGGCGCACAAGAGGUGUUUUGGACUUAUUGUUAACACAUUCUUUGAUUUGGAGCACAGGCACUGUGAUAUGUUCGUAGGCAAUGGUCAAGUGAAGCGUGCCUACUUUGUCGGGCCCCUAUUGUUGCCGUCGCCACCACAGGUGGCAGUUGGCACAUACGACUCAAGGUGCAUCGAUUGGCUAGAUAAGAAUUCUCCCCUGUCUGUGGUGUACUUGUGCUUCGGCAGCUUGACUCAUGUCUCAGAGGCUCAGCUCCAUGAAGUAGCUCUUGGAUUAGAGGCCUCUAAGAGGCCAUUCUUGUGGGUGAUCAGGUCAGAGACAUGGGUGCCACCGGAGGGAUGGAAGGAUCGUGUUGGGAACAGGGGGUUGGUCGUCACUGGAUGGGCUCCGCAGACCGUGAUACUGGUGCACCGUGCGGUGGGUGUGUUUGUGAUGCAUUGCGGGUGGAACUCGGUCCUGGAAACGGUGGUGGCUGGCGUGCCGGUACUGACAUGGCCUAUGGUGUUUGAGCAAUUCAUCACAGAGAGGUUCGUGACAAAAGUGUUGGCAAUCGGCGAGCGGCUGUGGGCGGAGGAUGCUGGGGUGAGAAGCACAAGGUUUGAAGAGCAUGGGUUGGUCCCUGCUGAGGCAGUGGCACAGGCACUGGCCAAGUUUAUGGAGCCCGGAGGGGCUGGUGAUGUAGCGAGGAGUAGAGUAAAGGAGCUCUCUGCAAAGGCUCAUGCAGCCAUGGCGGAAGGCGGCUCUUCCCACCGUGAUCUGCGUCGCAUGAUUGAUGACCUCAUGGAAGCAGGAAUAGCUGCUGCAGGGCCAGCCCUUUCUGUAUAAUUUGACUUUUGAGCUUGGGUUGCGUCUGAUUGUAUCAGUUUUUAGGUUUCCAAUGAUUGUUAAUAUAAAAGUUAGGAAAUUACA